AUGUCAACAUUUCAACAAAAUCAAUUGAAUAGUUUAUCUCCAAUACUUUUAUCACCAUCAUCAACAACAAUAACAACAACAAAUCAUAUAUCAUUAAUUGAUAAUAGUGAUCAAGGUUCUGUUGAUUCUGAUUAUACAUCAUUAGGUAGUUCAAAAUUUUAUGCUCAUAGUGGUUCAACAUCAUCAUUAAAUCGUCAAGGACGUUCACAAUCAAUAGAUGAAUUAGCAACAUCAAUAACAACAAAUAUACCAACAAGACAUUUUAAUGGUUUAUUAAAUAUAAAUAAAUCAAAUAAUGAUCCAUUACAAUUUGUUAAAAUUCAUCCAAAUCAUGAAUUAAUUGAACGUGCACAAGAACAAUUAUCAUUAGCUGAAUCAAGAAAACGUUUACAAGAAAAUUAUGAAUUAAAAAAUAAUUUAAAUGUUAAUAAAGUUAAUAAUGAAGAAAAUGAUUGGUCUAAGGUAAAUUAA